AUGUAUUUGUUCUCCCUCGCAGGCAAAACUGCCCUCGUAACCGGGGCUAGUCGUGGUAUCGGACAGGCCAUGGCAAUUGGUCUAGCCGAUGCGGGUGCUGACAUUGUUCUUGUUCAGCGGAACGAAAACGAUUUUGCUACCAAAGCGGCUAUCGAAGGUAUAGGCCGCAGAUGCAGCAUUGUCGUUGCUGAUCUCAGUGAACGCAAGGCAGUUCAGGGCCUAGUUGACAGGGUGAUCCAGUCACAUCGAAUUGAUAUCCUCGUCAAUGUCGCUGGCAUAAUGUGCCGCUGUGACGCUGCUGAUUACUCCGAGACAGAUCUAGACCGAGUGAUGGACGUGAACUUCAAUAGCAUGUUUAUACUCUGUCGAGACAUGGGGAAAUAUUGGAUCGCCAACAAAAUGCACGGUCGUCUCAUUAACACGGCCAGUUUGGCUACGUUUCAAGGGGGAAUUCGCAUGGCGGCAUAUUCUGCCAGUAAAGGAGCUGUUGGUCAGCUCACAAAGGCUUUGAGUAAUGAAUGGGCCGGUUAUGGUAUUCGUGUCAAUGCCAUUGCUCCAGGAUAUAUCGCAACAGACAUGAAUAUUGACACACGCACCAAUCCCGAUCAGACGUAUUAUGAGUCCAUCUUGACGCGAAUCCCGACGGGCAGAUGGGGAAGGCCUGAAGAGUUCAAAGGCCCGGCUGUAUUCCUAGCAUCUGAUGCUAGCUCAUACAUAACAGGCGAAAUUAUCGUGGUCGAUGGGGGGUGGAUGGCUCGUUAG